ACCGCGAAAAUACGUAAACAUGUGCAGUUUGCAAUGCAAUCUCAAAACGUUUGACUUGUUUAGCAAUAAUGAAAUUCUAGAUGAAAUUUACCUGAAGUAAUGUUUCUGUAGUUGACUAGUGUAAAGUGACCACUCUGUGAUAUUCCCUUCUAACCCGUCAUGCCCAAGCAAAACUCCAACCUGCGCCUCCGAAUCGUCCGGAACGCCGAAACCGACACCACUCAACCGUCCACGAAACGCGCCCGUAUCGCGGUCCGGAUGCACCACCCGAACCCGCUGUUCGAACGAUGGCUCCAGGAGAUGAUCGCCAAGGCCGAGGAGCGGAACACGAUGGGCCGGAUUCCGCUGCAAAAGGCGCUGGAAUCGCUGCGGAUGUUCCCGCUGCCGUUGGCCUCCGGCCGGGACUGCUUCAUUUUGGCGCACUUUGGCCGAACGAUUUGCGAGGCGUUGGACCAGAAGCUGCGAGCGUACGUGGCGAAUGGUGGGGAGACGUUGGGAAGCUGCCGGGAGGUUGUGGAGCGGGUGCUGAACGAUCGGGGGCAGGGGCAUUACCGGGAGUUGGUGAGGGUGUUGGGAGAGGAGGAGGAAGUUGUGGCUGCGGCUGAGAUGGAGUACCAGUUGCCGGAGGAUUUGGAUUUGGGCGAUACGGAGGACGAAAUGGAACCGUGUCCUGGAACGAGUUCAGAGCCUGCGGAGCAGGUUGUUAACAUUCGGGAUCCCAAGGUGAUUCUGCUGGUGGACACGGCGGAAACGAUUGGCAAGUCCAAGAGCAACCUGGAUCGAACACUUAAAGCGCUGCAGCAGAAUCACGUCGAGCACGAGGUUCGCCGGCUGAGCGUUGGGGACUUUUUGUGGAUUGUCCGGGAUGACACUGGCGUGGAGUUCGUUCUCCCUUACGUCGUGGAACGUAAAAGGAUGGACGAUCUGGCCAGCAGCAUCAAGGACGGGCGCUUUCACGAGCAAAAGUUUCGCCUCAAGCAGUGUGGCCUCGCCAAUGUAAUAUACUUGAUUGAACACCUGGGAAACAAUCGGCAGGUUGGAGUUCCAGCCAGUACCUUGUCGCAGGCGGCCCUAAACACGUUCGUGCAGGACUUCACCGUGAAGUAUACGGAGAAUCAUCUGCACACGGUGCUGUAUCUGGCCACGAUGACCGGCUUGUUGGGCAAGAAUGUGAAGAACAAAACCUUCCAGAACAUCACCAACCUUCCCGCGGAACAACUCGUCGAAGUAACGAAAGACUUUAACCUCAGCCAAUCCACCAUCCCGCUCAUCGCCUUCGAAACCUUUAACAAACAGUCGUCCAAGACGCGCGCCUGCACGGUGAAGGAAGUCUUCAUGAAGCAGCUGCUCCAGGUCAAGCUGCUCACAAUCGAGAAGGUAAACGCCAUUGUGGAACGCUAUCCGACGCCCCGCAAGCUGUUCCUCGCCUUCGAACGCUGCACCAGUGAAGCCGAGAAGGAACGCCUGCUGAACCUACCCUACGGACCGGCCAAAAGGAACAUCGGAUUGAAGCUGAGUAAAAUCGUCUACCAGCUGUUUAUGAGCGAUGUCUACCAGCGGUGAUUACGGUGUUGAG